GCUACCGAGAGAAAUACGUUAGAGGGAGCAAGAGCCUCUUAAAGUGUUUACAAGUCUGUUAACCACCUACGAUUUCUCUCUAUUAGAAACAGAUAAAGGGGUGGUGCUUGCAAAAACAGCUAAUGUCAAAGUACAGCUGUGUGCCGUAAGCGUUCAUGCCUGGGUCUUCAGAGAUACUUAGAGCUCCUUUUGGAAGUUUUGUGACCAAUGCGCUUGAGAAGUCACGGGCUAGGUCUAGCUUGGGGUGUAGAAAAGAAUGUAUGCGUGUUCCAGGCACUGUUCACUGUUGCAACUACAAUGGAAAUGUCUGAAGAUGAUAUCAAUAUGGAAGAAUACCCCACUGAAAUUCAUGAGUAUCUCGCUGCAUUUGAAAAAUCUCUCGUUUCUGUAGAUGAGAUGCUGGAGACAAUGAUGUCUGUUUCCAGGAGUGAGCUGCUCCAAAAGUUAGAGCCUCUUGAGCAAGCAAAGCUGGAUUUGGUUUCAGCCUAUGCCUUAAAUUCAAUGUUCUGGGUGUACUUGGCUACUCAGGGAAUCAAUCCAAAGGAGCAUCCAGUGAAACAAGAACUGGAGAGAAUAAGAACGUACAUGAACAAGGUCAAAGAAAUAGCAGACAAGAAAAAAGCAUCCAAACUUGAUAAAGGAGCAGCUUCUAGAUUUGUAAGAAACGCGCUCUGGGAUCCAAACCCUGAAAAUGAAACUAUCUCCAAAACUCCCGCUAAAGCGAAAAAGAGAAAGAUGGACUGAAUUUUUAUAUGAAUCAGAGUGACUAGAAUUUUUUAAAUGUGUUUCAUACACUAUAUGCGUCUUGUAGAGGUGCAGUAUAGCAACGUUUUGAUUAGGUUAUACUGAAAACACUUUUACAGGUCUGUAUUUUGUCCAGAACACUGGUCACUGAGGUCAUCACAUUAUAUGUAUAUCUGAAAGUGCUUUUUGAUGCUAGAAAAUUAACACUUCAUUCUCCAAUUGAUAAUGAAUAUCUUGCUGAUAACAUAUAGUAGGUCUGUUUUGCCUAAGAGUUUCUUUUCUGUAAUGCCUAAGCAUUUUCUGUAAUGCUUAAGAAUUUUUUUUACUGAUGAACGAUUGACAAAAUUUUUACAUGUAUUUAAUAUCCUAAAUAUUAAAGCAGUAUCAAACA